UGGGCCCAUUCUAAGUUUUUUUUUUCUUCGGCUUCUCGCUUUGAUUUUCCAGUGAAAACUGAAAACAUUGCGGGCCUUCAGCAGAAGUAUACCCAAAGCGGUGGUGUCAGACCCUUUGGUCUUUCUACUCUUAUCGUCGGCUUUGACCCUUACUCUCGUGUCCCUUCGCUCUAUCAGACUGAUCCAUCUGGCACUUUCUCUGCUUGGAAAGCUAAUGCUACCGGGAGAAACUCCAACUCUAUUAGGGAAUUUCUUGAGAAGAACUUCAAAGAAACCUCUGGCCAAGAGACUGUUAAACUCGCUAUCCGUGCUCUGCUUGAGGUUGUUGAGAGCGGAGGAAAGAACAUUGAGGUAGCUGUGAUGACACGGGAGGAAAGUGGACUUCGCCAGCUAGAAGAAGGUGAAAUUGAUGCUAUUGUGGCCGAGAUCGAAGCAGAAAAGGCAGCUGCUGAAGCAGCUAAGAAAGGCCCUCAAAAGGAAACUUGAUAUAUCUCCACUUCGGUUUAUGUACCUUUUUUUUUUGAUGUUUGUGAUUCAGCAGCUAUUUCUUGCUUUUCGAUAGUUUUUUUAGGUAACAUGUUAAAUUAUUAUACCAAGUUUUCAGUUUGUGACAUAAAUUAUAUAGAAACUACUAGCAUGAUGCAGAUAUUAAACUAAACACAACUUA